GUCAGUCAUUGGCAGAAGUUCGGUUUGUUGAGACGCACUCGUUUGUGUUACGCGGUACGCGCUCGUUUGAAUUCCGUUAAAUAUUAAAAUAAAUUUCAAAAAUUGUUUGUUUUUUGUUUCGUGUUAUUAGUAGUAUUUUUUUGUUUUACUUUGUGUAAAAGCGUUUGAACUGAAUCCCAGCUAGUGUUUUCAGCAAAAGAUUUUUAAUGAGCUUGUAUCCAUAUGUGCAUAAGAAUUAAUGAGUGAAUGCUAACAGCAAAUAAUUAAACGGAAAAAAUAUAUUUAUCGACUUAAAUAAUACAGUUUUAUAAAAUAUUUAACAAAUCGCCGUUAAUCUAUGAAGAAUUUUAAGGGUACAAACAAUAAGACCGUAUAGUCGAGAUGUGCCUUUCGACACCCAACGCUGCCGCUGCGAACAGCAGCACUAGUACAAAUGCAGUCACCUGCAAUGGAAGUUGUGUGAAUCUUAACAACAACAACAACAACAAUAAUAAUAUUGAUAAACUAAGCGCAGCAGCAAAUUGUGGAGUGAGCGAGAAUGCAAACAGUGUCAGUAUUAGAAAUAGAUUUUGCACAAACAACAACAACAACAUCCAAGAAGAAGAUGAACGCGACGUACCUGAUGAGCAAUCCAAAGAUUUAGCUGAUAGCUUAGGUUAUAAGGAAGAAAAUGCUGUCUACAAAGAAAUUCCACAAAAUGCAGCGGUCUCAAAACAAGUACAUCAAACAAAGGCGGCCAGCGACGAGAUCGAAUACAAUCCACAGAUCAGAUGGUUAGAUUUAAUAGCACAAGUCUUUUUACAUACCGGUGCCCUCUAUGGAAUUACUCUGCUAUUCCAGGCGAGAUUCUACACAAUUUUGUGGGUGAUGGCGCUUAUCUGGAGUUCUGGCAUCGGUAUCACCGCUGGAGCGCAUCGUCUAUGGUCACACAGGUCCUACAACGCUUCCAUGCCAUUGCGAAUCUUGUUGGUGUUUCUAUUUACGAUCGCCGGUCAGCGUGAUGCCUACACUUGGGCGUUAGACCACAGGAUACAUCACAAGUUCUCGGAAACUGAUGCCGAUCCGCACAAUGCACAUCGUGGCUUCUUCUUCUCACAUGUAGGUUGGCUCUUCUUGACGCCACAUCCCAAAGUGGUUGAAAAACGCAAAGUAAUCGACAUGUCAGAUUUGCAGAAUGAUAGGGUGGUAAUGUUCCAACACAAUUACUAUAUACCGUUAUUUGCACUUUUCUCGAUUGCCUUGCCCGUGUGUGUGCCUUGGUACUACUGGGAUGAGAAUUUAUGGAUUUCAUUUUGGAUCAACUUUAAUAUGCGUUUUACUAGCACACUGAAUGCGGCGUUCUUCGUCAAUAGUGUGGCCCAUAUGUGGGGCAAAAAGCCGUAUGACAAUUAUUUUUUAUUUUUUAGGAAUAUCAGCCCUGUUGAAAGCCCUAUCGUGUCAUUUUUGGCGUUAGGUGAGGGCUGGCACAAUUAUCAUCAUGUUUUUCCUUGGGACUACAAGACCGGAGAGUUUGGCAGCUACAAAUUAAAUAUCACAACAGCCUUUAUUGAUUUCUGUACGAAGAUUGGCUGGGCUAGUGGAAGAAAAUCCGUUUCGCCAGAUAUGAUUAAACGGCGCGCUGCCAAGUGUGGCGAUGGAUCACGUUUUCUCACCGAUCAAUUCGCUCAUAAGGAUCAAGUUUGGGGUUAUGGUGAUCGAGAUAUACCAAAGGAAGAUGCCAUUGAAUUGGCCAAAAUGAAAUGAGUAUUUCAACCAUCUACACUACAACUACAACUACACACAAAAUUUUGUAAUUUGAGGCUCUUUAAUAAGUUUGUAUUAACUUCUACAUUCGUUCAAAUUCUUAGGUCAUUUAGACUAAGCUUUAAACUUAAGCUUUAUUCACAUUUUGUGUCUGCAAUGUGAAGCGUGCGUAAAUGUUUUUUUUUAUAUAUUUAAUAUUAUAUAUCUAUGUAUAUAUAUAUAAGUACAUACAUGUAAUUAAAUACUGAACAUUGUCUAUAUGAAAAUUAGUUGGUCUAGUAUGUAAAAGUACUCCUUGUAAUUAAAAUUUAACGGUUUCCUCAUGAAUUUGGAAAACAAGAGUGUAAUUGACGCAAGACACUACCAAAGCGAUUAUAUAAAUAAAUACUAAAUACAUAAAGAAAAAGAAAAUAAAAAA